AGUUAUCUGUUUUUUAGCUAGUAUCUCGUAAUAUCUAAUGCUUUGUCGGUGUUGUGGAGGAUCUCUAAUAAUAUAAUUGAAUUGAUUUCAACAAACUUUGUACUUCCUCUUGUUAACCCAACCUCCCAGCGCACCACAUAUUCAAAUCGCACUCGAUCCCAUGCAACCAACCCACGUCUACGUCCACACCAAUGUCAGACGACGACGACGGUUACCAACGAACAGCCCCACCGCCUCCGCGGGAUAAACGCAUCCCCUAUGAUGAGGAUGUAGCACGUUCACGACGCCAACGUCUAGACUACGACGACCGACCCCGUCGGCGCCGGUCAUCCACCCGCUCCCGCUCGCGCUCACGAUCACGGUCGCGGUCGAUAUCACCUCGUCGCAGGCACGGUCGACGCAGAACAUAUUCCUACAGCGACAACUCGGACGAGUAUGAGUAUGACAGCGACCGGCGGCAGCGCGGGCGAAGGCGCGGCGGGGCAGACGGUGGGGGGAUUGCGGCGCCGGCGGUGGAUGCGGUUGUGAGGGGGUUUCCGGGGGAUUAUAACCAGGAUGAUUUGUUGGAGGAUGUUCGAGCUUGUGGAGGGAAUCCCAUCAAAGCGACAAUCAUCUACGAUCGCAAGACCAAGCGAAGCAGAGGCUUCGGCUUCCUCAAAUUUGCAAAUUUAAAGGACGCAAAAUCGUUCGUCGAGCGCGCGUACCCCGAGAUCAACGUUCCCGGCUCGCGCACGCGGUUGCGCGUGAAUUAUUCGAAAGCGGAGGAGGAUAGUGAGUGGGUUUGUCUGUCUUGUAAUGAGAUGAACUUUGCGAGACGGGUGGAGUGCUUCAAAUGUGGUUCCAGACGAGACACGAACAGCAAACCCAAGAAAUCAAAACCCAAUAACGGCUCAAACGACAUCUCCGAAAUCCCCUCGCAAUUCCUCCUCCUCCGCAACCUCCCCCCGCACGUCACCGAAACCGCACUCGCAUCCGCCCUCGCCUCAAGCCCCUCUGUCCCUUCCAAACCCUCCUACCGCCGCAUCCUGCUCGCGCGCGACCGCGUCUCGCGCGCGUCAGUAGGGUUCGCGUUCGUGGAGUUUGCGGCCGCGGCGGAGUGUAAGCUUGUCAAGCAGCAUAUCGCGAAAGCGGUCGCUCGGGAGGGGGGGGAGGGAGGGAAGUUGGGGUUGUGUGGCGGGGAGGUGGAGGUUGAUUUUAUUCAUCCGGGGGUGUUUGUCCCGGUGUAUAACGCACCUAAGCGAGGCCGGCGCGCGAACACCGCAGACGAUGACGAUAAUGACAACGAGGAAGACGAGCGCGAUGUUGACGAACGCGAGCAGUUUUCGUUUUUGGCGGCGAAUGGACAGACGAGGAUGUCAUACUGGGACGAGCAGUUAUACGUGGGCAUCUACGUCGCGCCCGAGGCGCAGCAAGACGACGUGUCUGCCUUUUUCGCCAGUCUGGGCGGCGCGGAGAAUACGGAGGAGACUCCCGGCGAAGGAGGAGGGGAAGGAGCGGGGAAGACCGCGAAGCGGAAGAAGGUAAAGUCGGAACUAGCGACCACGACCAAGAAAAUGACCCCCCAACUCCAAAAAUGGCAGCUCAAGCAAAAAGAACUCCACGGCUCCUCCUCCUCCUCCACCACCACCACCUCAGAUCAAAGCAGCACCUACCACCAAGAAUCCUUCGCCGACCCAACCCGUCCCGCAUGCCUUCUCUGCCGGCGCAAAUUCCCCGCAUCAGACCAAGUCAACAGACACGAGCGGCUGUCGGCGCUACACAAGCAUAUGCUCGGACAGGCAGCGGAGUAUGGAGAUGGCGAGGAGGCAGGCGGCGGGGGCGGCGGCGGGAAGGACGGGGGGUAUAGGGAUCGCGCGAGGGAGAGACGGGUGGCGCUGGAUCAGCCUGCGAAGGUGCCUUCUGCUGGUGCUCCUUCUUCUUCUUCUUUGAAGGCAACGAAAGAGAAUCAAGAUCCAGCAGCACCCACCACCACUGAUCCCACACUCACCCCCACCCCCACUCCCACCACCGCCGCCGCCGCCGCCGCCUCUGAUGAAGAUGAAGAUGACGACGACGACAUGUUCGCAAUCAGCAAAGGCAGCAAAAUGCUCUCCAAAAUGGGCUGGACCACCGGCUCCGGUCUCGGCGCGACGGGAUCCGGCAUUGCCCAACCGAUCACGCCCGAGAUGUAUGCGCAGGGCGCAGGACUCGGCGCCGAGCAUGCGAAGAUCGAUCCAAAGAGCGCGGGGGCGAGUGUGGAGGAGUCGGUUGCGGAGAGGGCGAGGAAGGUUGCGAGGGAGAGGUUUGAGAGCGGGGUGUAGGAUUUUUAUUACUAGUUUUGGCAGUGUAAUGUAAAUAACAGAGAC